GUAAAUGACAUAUAAAUGACAUACAUGACAUUAAAAUUAACUCUUUAACCUGUAAAAUCUACAAAACUUAUACAAGUGGGUAAGAAUUGAAUCAAGGAUGCAAUUGAUCGUGUGUAGUUAAAUUAAUAUUCCUAAUUGAACACGAAAAUGGUUGUGAGUUGUAGAACAAGUCGGCUGUUGAGAACUACAAAGACUGUUACUGUAACACCAAGUUUGUUUUUUUCGUCGUUCAAACCUUUCUACCAAAAUAGCUCAAAUUUUUUGAAAAGAAACGCACUUGGCAUAAGUUCUAAUCAACACAAACCUUUAGUAGAUGUUUGUUGUGGCUGUAGAUAUUUUGCUGUGGAUUAUUUUCAGUCAAAUGAUAAUAGAACAACUUUUAGCAAAUUAACACCACAAGAGGUUGAUGAUAUUCUCAGAACGAAUGAAUAUACACAGGAAUUUAGUAAAGGCUCUGUAAAAUCUUACGAUUCCAAUCAAUUAGCAUCGAACAAUCCAAUAGAAGAUACCAGGUCGGAAGCCUCAUGUCUUCUAACAACUGGUUUUUUAUUUGGUGUUUUCGACGGACACGGCGGAAGCGCCUGCGCACAAGUCGUAGCAAAACGUCUUUACCAUUACAUAGCUGCUUGUCUAUUACCUUAUGAAAUAUUAGUGCAAUACAUUAAAUCUCUUUUAACGUCGCAUCCAAAAGAACUGAUUCAUUGUUUUAAUGAUAAAGUAGAAUUCGUCGAUGAUAUAAGGCAAUUGUACAGUGAUAGUUUCGCGAGAUUUUUGAAGGAUUUGUCUCAGGAGGGUCCAGUAAAAAAUUUUGAUAUGCGUAAUGCAAUUGAGCACGCAUUUUCGAGAUUAGAUAAUGAUAUUUCGAAUGAAGCAUUACCAAAAAAAGACGAACCGCUCAAUCUGAAAACGAUGUCGGUGGCUAUGUCAGGUGCGGUAGUGUGCGUAGCUCAUAUAGACGGACCCCAUUUACACGUAGCAAACGUCGGAGACUGUUGUGCAGUAUUAGGUACUCUAUCUGAAACAAAUUCCUGGAUAGCUAAUAAAUUGACUGUAGAACACAAUACAUACAAUCAACAAGAAGUAGAUAGGAUAAUAAAAGAACAUCCUUACAAUGAAGCUUUAUCCGUCAUAAGAAUGGAUAGGCUACUAGGUCAAUUAGCACCAUUGAGGGCGAUGGGAGACUUCAGAUUUAAAUGGAAUAAAGAAAUAAUGAAUAAUGUGAUAGCUAAACAUUUCGGUGAACAAGUAUUACUCCCUAAUUACCACACUCCGCCGUAUUUGUCUUCCUCGCCCGACGUCGUACACCAUCGAUUAACGGCAAGAGAUAAAUUCUUGAUUAUAGCUACCGACGGAUUAUGGGAUAUGAUGACACCGUUACAAGCUGUGAGAUUAGUAGGCGAACAUAUGAAAGGUAAAGUUACAUUGAGACCGUUGAAGCUUCCUAGAAAGAAUAUGACGUUGAACGAAAUUAACGAAGUACUGUUACAACGCAAAGAGGGACUGAAGACUAAACCCAGAGAUUCGAACGCUGCUACGCACAUAAUCCGGAACGCUUUAGGCGGUACCGAAUUCGGUAUCGACCAUUCGAAAAUUACACAAUUGCUCACUUUACCGGAAGAUGUCGUUAGAGUUUUUAGAGAUGAUAUUACUAUUUCUAUUAUUUAUUUCGAUUCGGAGUAUUUGAGGCAUUGUCCGGCAUGAUUAGAUGCGAAGAUUAAGGUUGUUUUAUUGCUGUAAUUUUACAAUACCUCUGUGGUAUAAAUGCCAAAUUUUAUUUAGAUAUUGUAGCGUUUUGGUGAUUAGGAUUUAGCAAAAUUCGAUUACAGAUUCAAUUAUAAGACAUCCAUCAAAUGAUUCGUGGUCAUUUAAGAUUAUAAUUUCGCCGAUUCGUUUUUAUCGCGGUGAUACCAGUAGUUUUAUUUUCUUAGACUUUUACAACUAUAUUUAAUCCAAAAAUCUCAUUUGUUUUUAACAAAUACGAGGAUUUGGGCAAAAAUCAUUUCAACUAUUUUUCUUUUUUGUAAAAACACCUACUUGGACUAUUUUCCGAGACAUUUCUUCGAAUACGUCAGAAAGUGGUGCGCGGGUAUCCUGAAAAAAAUUAGUUAUACCGCAUCACUAAGUAAAGGCGCAAAUUGGGACACGUAUAGCACGUGUGAGAUAGCGUGACACGACAAGUGCUGCGUGGUGAUCCGCUUAUUGAGACACUCGUUUUCGAAUAUGAAACGGUGGAGUUUGGAUUUGUUCGCUAUCGAAUCAGAAUCGGUUGAUGAUGCUGAGGAGGAAAUGUUGUUGUAUUCCUUGAAGAAGAAGACAUUUAAAUCACCCAAUAAAUUUAUUCUAUCGAAGAGAAAAUUUACAAUUACAACUAAAAUGAAUGAUACUGAUAUUGCUAAUUAUAUCUGAAUGAUUCAAAACCAGUUUGCUGAAGUACAUCUCAGUGACCUUCAUCGUGCAUUUCGUAAUUUGAAUCACAAAGUUUUUGCCUCCCGAAACAAUAAUUAGGAGUAUAAGAAAUUAGUUUUGAAGAAUCGUUUUAUAUUUUAGUAUUUGGUUUAUUUUUUUUUUUUUUUUAGAACAAAAUUUGCAUAAAAUAUUUAGAAUUAAUAAGGUAAAAUUGUUUGCUAAACAAUAAAUUUUGAAAUAUAGAUGUUUCAUCACCUUGGUUGGAGGAUUUGAAAUUAAAUAAUAAGUAUAUAUACACUAGCUGUUAACUUCGAAAUAUGCUUUGUACUUACCGUCUUUUAAAUGUAAAUCAUUUGCAAAAUCACCUCAAAUCCGAUUCUUUUUUGUAUCGUAAAUCUUUCUGUCUUUUCUUACCGCCUCUAUUAAUUUUUCUUCUGUCAUUUUUUCUAAAAAAUUAAGGAAAAACUCACUAGUCACCUACACGUGUGGCCCUGCAAACUGUGUCUAAGCUACAGCACGUCACGUCUGUGAGCUCACGCGUGUCGCACUGCGCCGUCAAUGUAUUCAAUCUUUUAGAUUACAAAACUACGUGCUGGGCUGAGUCAUCUCGCAUGUGCUGUACGUGUCCUAAUUUGCGCCUUGCCUAAAGGGCAUAGUUUGACCGAAAAAGUACAAUGUAAAAUCAAAUAGUUUCCAAGAAAAAAAAUUAUCAAGUGCCAGAGUUACUCAAAGUUACUUGGACACAUAAUGUUAUAAAUUACUUUUAAAUCAGUAUAGUCAAAUUAGAUCUGAUACAAACAAACAAAAAAUUAAUAUGUAGUAUUGUUCGAGAAAAUAAACACACAUAAACUAAACUAACGGCUUUAUCUGCAUUUUGAAGGUUUUCGUUGUUAAAAUGUUAAACAACGAAAAAAAAAAUUAAAAAAAUACAGUGGUGUUCAAGUAGCCCCAGUUUAUGUACAGCGCAAUAUAGAUUUGGUGGUGCAAAAGAAUGACAAUAGGGUACACACAAUCCUCUGUAUUUGCAACGCAAGUGUGAAUUGGGUCACCUGUUUACCCACAGUGAUAGCAUGUACCUCCUUUUAUUGCACACUUCCUACCAUAUUGUAGUUCCUCAAUCUUGCCAAUGAUAUAGAAAUUUUUGGGCGAAAUGUUUUGAUACUAUGGUAGGUGAUUCAAUUCUUCCAAUCCGUCGUAGCGUUACUUUAUUCGCCAAAUUAUUGAUUCCACGGCCCUCACUGAGCUACUACUAGCUAUCACAGGUACUAAAUAGUUGUGAUGACUUAUGUCGGAAACCUCGUAUUUAAUAUUGGACAAUUUAUUGGUUCAAAGAUAAUUUUUGUAAUUAUGGAAGAAAUUGACGCUGAUAAUAAGAUUCUUAUAGUCAUUUUGUUGAAAUGAAAUUUUUAACUGUAUUUUAAUGAAAAAGCAAUUUCAUAUUUCAUUUAUAUUCAUAAUCAUAUGUUGAAAUGUGUUCAAAACACACUUUUUGAAUUUAUUUAAAAGAAAUUGGCGCAGUCAGUAGGAUGCUUAUAUAAUCAUUUUGAUUAAAUGAAAGUUUCAGCUGUAUUUUCAUAAUAUAUUAAUUUCAUUUUAAUUAUUGUGACUCUUUUUGCUCAAUACAAUGAGAAUCAUUAUUCUUAUACAUACGUAAAAAACUUAUUGUUUUGUUAUAAAUUCAUAAUUUUGAAAAUACACGUUAUUUUAAAGAAACUGGCGCAGUCAAUAGGAUAUCAAUUUGAUAAAAUGAAGUUUUCACCUGUAUUUCAAACCGAAAUAACAGUUUUAUCCUUACCUUUACCAAUGUUGAUUGCUUGGCAAUAUUUUUCGCUAAAUACGUCAACAAUUUAAAAAAUUUGAAAAGCGAAUGAUAAUUCUAGUCAUCGAUAUUUUAACCAAAAAAAAAAAACGUUAUUUAUUAAGGUAGACAAUAAAUCUAAUGAUUUAAUUCAUUUAAUCCUUCCAUAUUUUGAUUCCAGAAAUGUAAUUUAUGUUUCUUUUCAAAAUAGACGUUUGAAAUUCA